UGAGCAGACUCACUUCCUGUAGAAAUCUCGCUGAAGUUCUCGCGGGAUCUUGGCUCCUUCCUUUCGCCGCGGAUCCAGCGCCAAGAUGUCUCUCGUGAUCCCCGAGAAGUUCCAGCACAUUCUUCGUGUUCUGAACACGAACAUCGAUGGUAGGAGGAAGAUCGCCUUUGCCAUCACCGCCAUCAAGGGUGUUGGUAGGCGAUAUGCCCACGUCGUUCUGAGGAAGGCAGACAUCGACCUCAACAAGAGGGCUGGAGAGCUCACUGAAGACGAGGUUGAGCGGGUGGUGACCAUUAUGCAGAAUCCUCGCCAGUACAAAAUCCCAGACUGGUUCCUGAACAGGCAGAAGGACAUUAAAGAUGGCAAAUACAGCCAGGUCCUGGCCAACGGUCUGGAUAAUAAGCUGAGAGAAGAUCUGGAGAGGCUGAAGAAGAUCAGGGCUCACCGUGGUCUCAGACACUUCUGGGGUCUGCGUGUGCGCGGUCAGCACACCAAGACCACCGGUCGUCGUGGACGUACCGUCGGUGUGUCCAAGAAGAAGUAAACGUUGCUCUGGUUUCAAUAAAAUCACUGUUCAUAAAAACAA